AUGCUUGAAGACGGUUGUGUGGCCCAGGUGAUGCUGCUAAUUCAGGACCGGAAGAAAGACAAGACGGUGCAAAAGGCGUCCAUCUUCCUUGCGAUGGAUGUGGGGUUGUUGGAAAUCCCUGCCGAGCUGUCAGCAAGGUUUCGCAGGGCAGCAGGGCAUCGACAUGCAGCAAUAGUGACAGAGGUUGCACCUCCGCAAGUAAAGGCAACACACAACCUCACUCUGCCUCAAGAUGUAGACAGAUACCCAUUCUCUCACUAUGCCAAGUCCAUACUGAAGGAUACAUGGUGCCAACCUCAGGGAACCCCUAUCCAAAGAGCGCUCACCCCUCUUGAACCAGACGAUGCCCGCACUGCACUGGAAGUUUAUAAACUGAUCAUGCGGUUCACAGGUGAGACAGACCUCAGUGACUCGCAGGAGCAGAUUUUGGGAAACUACAUAAUUGAGAAAGGCCAGAACCAACCUGCCUUAAGGGAUGAGAUCCUGGCCCAGUUGGCUUACCACACAUGGGGUCUGAGUGAAGAGCAGCGUAGCCUGCAAGGCUGGUUGCUUCUGGCCUGCUGCCUCUGUGCCUUCACUCCAUCACCAGUACUGGAAAAACCCCUGCUAAAGUAUGUAUCUGACCACGGACCCAUGGAGUACCGUUCACUGUGCCAACACAAACAGCUCAUAUCUAUGCAGCUCCCAGCCCCCACUUCCCGUAUUUAUCCCCCAACUCAGCUGGAAUGGAUCACCAACAAAAGGAAAGGCAGAAUGCUCCUGGAUGUAUGUACAUUCAACGAAGAGAAGCUCACAACUGAAGUGGAGUCCUGGACCACAGGAGAAAAGCUCGCCUCAUGGCUUCUCCAUGCCAGAGGUGUGGUCGAGGCAACAGAGGGAUGGUCUGUGUCUCUUCUGACUGACGACGGGUGGUCUGAUUUGGCUGGAUCAGACUUUGUCAUGGAUCUGCUGGCUGGCGCUGAGGCAGAAGUACUGCCACCAGGCACACCCUCGUCAACCAAUUCUGAUUACCUAUUCAGUGGACUGGAUGACCGGACACCAGUUACGGAUCUUGAUGACUUUAUUCCGCCAGCACCUACCAUUGAAGCUCCAGGAGUACCUCAUCUUCCGGGAAACCUCUGGGAAAGAGACUCUCCACAGGAAGGCCGUCAUCGGCAGAUGGAUGCAUAUGUUGAUGACUUGUUUGACCUGGACCAACGACGAUUGGACAUGGAAAGAGUAGCUGUCCUAAACCGCAGGAUGAGAGGUGCAGGAGGCAUUGGACCCAUGCAGCCUGGUUCAUAUAUUUCUGGUAUGCCUACAUUAAUGUCAGGCUAUCCUAUGGGACUGUCAGUCAGCCCAUCAAUGCAAAGCUAUGGUACAACCCCCAUGAUCCCACCUAUGACAGCCAUGCCCACCAUGCCAGCCAUGAUGAUGCCUCAGGCUCCUGGUCCCUCAAUCCCUGACCCCAUGCAGCUGGCAGCAACACAGCAAGCCCUGAUCAACCAGCAGGCUCUGUUUAUGGCCCAGCAGAUGACUAUGCAGGCAAUGACUCUGUCCCAGCAGCAGACAGAAGAUCAGCAGAGGUUGAGGAAACAGGAGAGGAGGCAGGAAGAGCGGCAGAGACGCACACUCACUUCUUCCCCUCAAUCUCAACCUGCAGACAAUCGUAAUGAACUUUUGCCAACGCCACAACGAGAAGUGAAUUUACGUAAUCAAGAGGACCUGCAGUCAUUUAGAGAUAAAAGGCAGUACUUCCACAAAAUUGAAAAGGGGAUCCCUAUUCCUGCAAGCAAAACAGAAAGUCCAACCACAGCUCCACUCUCUGAACCAACCUCCAACAUUCGGGAAAUCAUCAAAAUGUUCAACAGUCGACCUCCACCAGAACCCAAACACUUUGAACCUGUCAGAGCUCCUGCAAGGCAGUUUGUGAAGAAGGUAGAUCCCAAACAGGAAGCUCUCGCCAAGCUCAGACACAAAGCACCACAAUAUCCUCCACACACUCCAUCCCCACAAUCUUCUCCUCCCGCCACCAUGGGCCCUCGUCUCAUCUCCAAUAACAUGAGGCAGAAGCAGCGCCCCCUGGAAGAUUUGUUUGGCUCACAGUGCUAUAAACACAUUUUAACGUCUCCCCCUGAGCCCCCCCCACCUCCUGCACUUCACAUCCCUGACCCACCAACCAUGGUUGCACCAUCUCUUAGUAUGAUGCCAGAGGAUGAGAGCUGUCACUCUCAACUUUCUCAUUAUUCUCCUGGUGUUUACUUCUCUUACAACGUAAUGCCAGGAAAACUGUUCCUGCGCAAAGAGGUGUUUUACCCCAAAGACAUGUUCAACCAACCCUACAUACUCAAUCUUUUAUAUGAACAGAUCAUGAGGGACACUUACUCUGAAAACUGUGUGAGAAUAAACAGAGAGGAAAUAAGGAAGAUGAAAGAUCUGCUAGCUAAUCUUAAACUGGGAACGAUGAGCACCAUCCCGGAUGACAACAUGAAAAAAAGGAUUGUCAUCGCUGCUCGGGACAACUGGGAAAACUACUUUUCACGCCUAUUUCCCAUUAAGUCAGACAGUGGUGAUGCUCAAAUUUUGGGUGUGUGUCAUCGUGGAUUUCGCCUCCUGAGGAUGGUUGCUGCAUCGGGCAUCGUUCCAAAACAUCUCCGUCUACUUCGAAGCUACAGUUUUGCAGAGUUGCUGUCAGUUGAACUCUGCGGUACAAACCAAGUGCAACUGGAGCUGAUGAAUGAAAACCUACAGCUGCACUCAUCCAGAGCGCCUCAAAUAAUUGCCAUGGUUCAGUUCUUCCUCAAAGAGCUCGUGAAGAACUCUGGCCACAUGGUUGCCCUGAAGAGUUUUGUAACAGAUGACAAGAGCCUGCUCAGCUUCAGCAAAGGUGAUGUUAUCAAAUUGCUACCAAUGGAGGGACUCCAAACAGGUUGGUGUUUUGGCACAAUGGGAGGACGCUCUGGUCUUUUCCCAGAGGAUCUAACCCAGCCAUCUGCUGCUUUGGACUACCAUUAUCUCCAGUUGGAUCGAAGAGAUGAUCGGUGGAAAAGCACGAGAGGUGCAAGAACUUCCAGUAAACAAAAGAGGCCAAACAGUGAUUCAGACAGGCAAAGAAAGGUCUCAUCAAGGAGAUCAGUGCAGAUGUCCAUCCAGGGGUCGAUUCAAGAUGGAGAGCUCCAGAUGUCAGCAAUGGCUGAGUUUGCCAUGAAAUUCUUUAGACUGGAAAAUGAAGGCUGGAAAUCAAGUGUCAGGACCUUUUCUGAGGCAGUUCAAUUUACAGAGGUGCCCAUUAAAGAGUCCCUAAUUCUCUACAAUGAUCCCAGCAGCAAUGAUUUAUCAGUCCAGUGCUUUCGAAACGUGAUGCAGAUUAUGGGUGAUACAGCCAUGAAAAAGCAUACCACCCAAACAGACUGUCUGAACCACAUCUUGCUGCUCGGGAAGGAAAGGGAACUGCUGAGAGAUGAAAUCUACUGUCAGGUUAUCAAGCAAACCACGAACAACCAUACUAAAUCCAGCUGCAAUCUAGGCUGGCGUCUAUUCAACCUGAUUGCUGGGUUCUUCCCCUGUUCUAGUCAUCUAAAGCCCUAUGUUACACGCCACCUCCAUGACAUCGUAACGGACCAAAAAAACCUUUACCGAGAGCUGGCAUCUGUGUGUCAGGAUAACCUUCAGCGAUCCCUCAGUUUUGGUGGUCGCCGUAACAUCCCUUCACAUAUUGAGCUGGAGUCCAUCCUGGCUGGCAAAUCCUCACAACUCAUUUCCAUCCAGCUGCCAGGACAGGUGGAAUUCCCUAUCAAGAUACAUAGCUUCAUUAUUGCUGCUGAUGUGGUAAACAAUUUCUGCAAAGAAAUGAGUAUCUCAAAUCUCUCCGAAAUGCGAGAAUUCUCUAUCUUCGCCAAAAGACAGCAAGAUGGAGUGGUGCGCCAUAUUCAUUCCAAUGAGUACCUGAUGGACUUUUUGCUGGAUGAUGGCUCCAUUUUCUUGUCAUUAAGAAGAGUGAUGUGGCGAAACCCUCUGUGUUUCAACAAUGAUUUAUAUGUGGAUUUUCACUACCAACAGAUCCAGGUUGACUACUUGAAUGGGCUGAUCCAGCUCACUGCUGCUGCAAAUGGGUCAUCAUCAAUCCACCAGAUUGCAGAGCUGUCAGUCCUGCAGCACCUGUCCCAGGAACACAAAAAACAGCUCUCACUGUUGGAAAUAAAGAAAUACUUGCCUGCUCAGGAGCGGGAGAACACUAAUCUGGAUGAGAUCCACUCUUUCUGUUUGAGCAAGAUUGCAGCCAUGAAGUCUCUCAACCCCCUCGAUGCCAAAAUACAAUUCAUUGUGUUUCUGAGUGGCCAACAUCUGUUUGGCUCCAACAAUUACUUGGCCCAGAAAGUCAGCCGGCGUGGAUGUCCUUCCCCCUGCAUGAUCAGUGUCAACCAUGAUGGAGUGCUAUUUCUUCAUCCUAAAACACAGGAGAAAGUGUUUCAAAUUCCUCUCAUAGAUGUUCAGUCCAUGCGCACUGUGCGACCCAAAAAUGCACGAAAGCUGCCAUCGAUGGACAUCAGUUAUGGCAAACUGAAUCAGCCUCAAAAGAUAACAAUUCAUAUCAAACAGGCCAAGGAGCUAUGCCACAUCCUUGCUAUGAUAAUGGAAGAGUUGAUCCAUCCAUCAGUGAGCAGCUCCAUCUGA